AUGUCCGACUGGGAAGCGGACAACGAUGAGGACGGACCCCACAAAGCCACUCCCGACUCCCCUUGGGCCUUGCCUGUAUGGUCCUCGGUGACGGAAGUCGCUUCUCCGGAAGCCUGUGGGAACCGAGGCGCAGGCGAAGACAAGAAGGCAAGGAGCGACGGGAGGAAAGGGCGUUCGCCGCAGGUCCUUGCCCGCGAGCCGUGGCAGUCGGGGCCCUUGGAGUAUCGGGCUCGGAGGUCCCCUGGAGGAAGAGGCCGAGAGCGUGCGCGGUCGCCGCCCCUCUCCUUCCACCUGGAUAACGCUCUGGUCGGCACCCUCAUAGGUCGAGGUGGAGCUAAAAUAAAAGAACUUGAAGAAUCUUCAGGUUGUAAAAUACAGGUUGUAAGAGGAAAUUACGAAGCUGAAAUAAAGAUAUUUGGUGAUAAUGAUAAGCAGACAAAAGCCAAAAUUCUGAUUGAUGAUCUUAUUGAGAAGUACAGUCAAAGCAAUGCAGGAGGAAAGUAUGAAAAAGAUUCCUUCAAGCACGGGCAUGUUGGGACCACUUGUUAUGAUGCCAGUCGUUCUGGAGCUUUAAAGUCUAUAAAUAGUAAUCCGAAGCAGUCCAUUAACUGGAGUUCUCUCAGAGAAAAUAAAGCUAAAUAUGAAGCAAUGAAAUGGGCUGAUUUGCCUCCAAUUGAAAAAAGAUUUUACAAAGAGUCAGCAAAGAUUGCUUGUAUGUCACAAGAUGAAGUUGAUAGGUGGAGAAAAGAGAACAAUAAUAUCACAUGUGAUGACCUGAAGGAUGGCGAAAAACGUCAUAUUCCCAAUCCUAUCUGUAAAUUUGAAGAUGCUUUUAAGCACUAUCCUGAUGUUAUGGCAAAUAUAAGGAAAGUUGGGUUUCAGAAGCCUACUCCCAUUCAGUCACAGGCCUGGCCAAUAGUACUUCAAGGAUUUGAUCUAAUUGGAAUAGCACAGACUGGUACUGGAAAGACAUUGGCUUAUCUGAUGCCAGGAUUCAUUCACUUGGAUUCACAACCAGUUCCUAGAGAAAAACGUGGUGGACCGGGUAUGUUAGUUCUUACUCCCACUCGAGAACUGGCUCUUCAGGUUAAGGCAGAAUGCUCAAAAUAUUCUUACAAAGGAAUUAAAAGUAUUUGCAUAUAUGGCGGUGGAGACCGGAAGGAGCAAAUCAGUGUGGUUACUAAAGGUGUGGACAUCGUUAUUGCUACUCCUGGUAGACUGAAUGAUCUUCAAAUGAACAACUUUAUAAAUCUGAGAAGCAUAACAUACUUGGUGCUGGAUGAAGCUGAUCGGAUGCUAGAUAUGGGAUUUGAGCCUCAAAUAAUGAAGAUUUUAUUAGAUGUGCGUCCUGACAGACAAACAGUUAUGACCAGUGCUACAUGGCCAGAUGGUGUCCGUCGACUUGCAAAAUCAUAUUUGAAAGAUCCAAUGAUUGUAUAUGUUGGUACUCUUGAUUUAGCGGCAGUAAGUACAGUGGAGCAGAAGGUUGUUGUUAUUCCAGAAGAAGAAAAAAGAGCUUUCACACGUUAUUUCAUUGAUACUAUGAAGUCUGAAGACAAAGUCAUCAUUUUUGUGGGAAAGAAACUUACUGCUGAUGACCUAUCCAGUGAUUUUGGUCUUCAAGGAAUCCCAGUUCAGUCUUUACAUGGCAAUAGAGAACAGUGUGAUCGUGAACAAGCUUUGGAGGACUUCAGGAAAGGUAGAGUUCGUAUACUGGUAGCAACAGACUUAGCCUCUCGUGGGUUAGAUGUGCAAGAUAUCACUCAUGUGUUUAAUUUUGAUUUCCCUCGCAACAUUGAAGAGUAUGUUCAUAGAGUAGGCCGUACUGGUCGAGCUGGCCGCACAGGUGAAGCUGUAACUCUUGUAACUAGGAAUGAUUGGCGGAUUGCAUCUGAACUGAUUGAAAUUCUAGAAAGAGGAAACCAGGUAAUUCCCGAAGAGCUAAUUUCAAUGGCUCAGAGAUACAAGCAAUUUCAGUUGAAAAAAGAAAUGGAAAAGGAUUGUGGAAAGCCUCGUGGGAGAUCACAGAAAAACAUUUAA